CAGUCAUACGUUUUAAGAAUAUGUUGCCGUCCUUGGCCUUCCUAAAAAAACUUGAGAGCAACACAUAAUCGUCCUUUUCCAAAUCAAAUAACGAAUAUGAUCAAACACAAACUACAAUAUAAGUUUUUUCCUUCUUAUAUACAUACGAUACAAUUCAGCAGCGUAACCAACAUAUUUUCAAUUACUUACUACUAAAAAAAAAGGUUACAAUAACAUGGUUGAUUACCAAGGUUACAUCUUACUUUUCAUCAUAUGGCUAGUAUCAACAAUUUUUGUAAAAGCCAUACUCACAAGAAAAUACAAGAAAUCGAAGUUACCUCCAAGUCCAUUAUCUUUACCAAUCAUUGGACAUCUUCACCUUAUUGGUUCAAUACCUCACCAAGGACUUCACAAACUUUCAACAAAAUAUGGACCUAUAAUACACCUUUUCCUAGGUUCCAUGCCUUGUGUUGUAGCUUCCACACCAGAAUCCGCUAAAGAGUUUCUUAAAACUCACGAAACCUAUUUCUCCAACCGUCCUCAAAGUUCAGCUGUUGAUUAUCUAACAUAUGGCUCACAAGAUUUUUCCUUUGCUCCAUAUGGACCUUAUUGGAAAUUUAUCAAGAAAAUAUGCAUGUCUGAACUUCUUGGUGGUAACACAUUGAGUCAACUUCUUCCUUUAAGGAGACAAGAGACAACAAGGUUUGUUAGUUUUUUGCUCAAGAAAGGGAAGGAGAAUGAGGUUAUUGAUGUUGGAAGAGAGCUUUUGAAGUUGUCGAAUAACGUUAUUUCAAGGAUGAUUAUGAGCCAAACUUGUAGUGAAAAUGAUGGUGAAGCUGAAGAGGUGAGGAAGUUGGUGCAAGACACUGUACAUCUUACGGGGAAGUUUAAUAUUUCUGAUUUUAUUUGGUUUUUUAAGAACUGGGAUGUCCAGGGGUUUAGCAAAGGGUUAGAGGAAAUUAGGGACAGGUUUGAUUCUAUGAUGGAGAGGAUUAUCAAGGAGCAUCAAGAAGUAAGGAGGAGGAGAAAAGAAGUUGGUGGAGGAGAAGGUCAAAUUAAGGAUCUACUUGAUAUUUUAUUGGAUAUUCUUGAAGAUGAGAGCUCUGAAAUCAAAUUGAAAAUGGAGAACAUAAAAGCCUUCAUCUUGGACAUAUUUAUUGCUGGAACAGACACUUCAGCCCUAACCAUAGAAUGGGCACUGGCAGAGCUAAUUAACAACCCACAUAUGAUGGAAAUAGCAAGACAAGAGAUCAAUGAUGUAGUUGGAAAUAAUAGAAUAGUAGAAGAAUCAGACAUUAUCAACCUUCCUUACCUACAAGCAAUAGUCAAAGAAACACUAAGGAUUCACCCAACAGGUCCAUUAAUUGUUAGAGAAUCAUCUGAAAAGUGCACAAUCCAAGGCUAUGAGAUACCAGCAAAGACACAAUUGUUUGUUAAUAUAUGGUCUAUUGGAAGGGACCCUAAUUAUUGGGAUAAUCCACUUGAGUUUAGGCCAGAAAGGUUUAUUAAUGAAGUUGGAAAUUUAGAUGUGAGGGGUCAACAUUUUCAUUUGAUUCCAUUUGGGAGUGGAAGAAGAGCAUGCCCUGGAACAUCAUUGGCUUUGCAUGUUGUGCAAACAAAUCUUGCUGCUAUGAUUCAAUGUUUUGAAUGGAAGGUUAAAGGUGGUAAUGGGAUUGUUAAUAUGGAAGAGAAACCUGGGUUGACCCUUUCAAGGGCUCAUCCUUUAAUUUGUGUCCCUGUGCCUAGAUUUAAUCAUUUUCCUUCUAUGUGAUUUUGAUCAUGUUUAGGGGAGGAAAAAAAAUGCAACUUCAUAUUGAAAAUUUAUAUUUUUAGUCCUCUUGUUGCUUUGUGGUAUUCAUAAAUCAUAACUAUCAUUUUCUUUGUGAUA